AUGGCCCUCUCUGCAGACUCAUCCUGGCCUCGCUGGCGAUGGCGGGCGGGAAGCGGCCUGAACCGGGCGCCAUCGGACACCGCACCUCUGCUGGGCCCUCCCCGGGCUGGGCCGCGCCCCCAGCCCAAGCAGCAGCGACUCGUGUUCCCCAACAACCGGGCCUUCCAGCGGGACUGGGAGGAGGCCGCCAGGAGCUACGCCGGCAACAGGGUCUGCACGGCCAAGUACACGCUCCUCACCUUCCUGCCACAGAACCUCCUGGAGCAGUUCCACAGGUGGGCCAACCUCUACUUCCUGUUCCUGGUGAUCCUGAACUGGGUGCCAGCGCUGGAGGUAUUCCACCGGGAGAUCACCAUGGUGCCGCUGGCCCUCGUCCUGUCCAUCAUCAUGGUCAAGGACGGUCUGGAGGACUUCCGGAGACACCGCUUCGACCGAAAGAUCAACUGCGCCAGCAUCUGGGUGCACGAGAGGAAAGAGCGGGGCUACGUGGAGAAGCGCUGGGAGGAUGUGCGCGUGGGCGACUUUGUGCGGCUACAAUGUAACGAGAUCGUCCCAGCGGAUACUCUCCUGCUGUGCUCCUCGGACCCCAGCGGCCUCUGCCACCUGGAGACCUCCAACCUGGACGGGGAGACCAACCUCAAGCAGCGGCGAGCGGUGGAGGGCGUUUCCUGGCAGGGGGGCCACCUGGACCCAGAAAGCUUCUGCGACACCAUCGUGUGCGAGAAACCCAACCAUCACCUCAGCAGGUUCCGGGGUUACUUGGAGCACCCAGACCAGACCCGGACAGGUUUCGGCAGCGAGAGCCUUCUGCUCCGCGGCUGCACCGUUCGGAACACCCAGACAGCUGUCGGCAUCGUGGUCUACGCUGGCCACGAGACCAAAGCCAUGCUCAACAACAGCGGCCCACGGUACAAGCGCAGCAAGAUCGAGCGGCGCAUUAACACCCAUAUCUUCUUCUGCAUCGGCCUCCUCUUCCUCUUGUGCCUCAUCGGAGCCGUAGGUCACAGCCUGUGGAAUGCCACCUUCGAGGAGCACCCUCCCUUCGAUGUGCCAGAGGCCGACGGGAGCUUCCCGCCCCUGGCACUGGGCGGUUUCUACAUGUUCCUCACCAUGAUCAUCCUGCUCCAGGUGCUCAUCCCCAUCUCCCUGUACGUGUCCAUCGAGCUGGUGAAGCUAGGCCACGUCUUCUUCCUGCACCACGACCUGGACCUCUACGACGAGGACAGCGAUGCUGGCAUCCAAUGCCGCGCCCUCAACAUCGCCGAGGACCUGGGCCAGAUCCAGCACAUCUUCUCCGACAAGACGGGGACGCUGACGGAGAACAGGAUGGUGUUCCGGCGCUGCAGCAUCGCGGGCGGGGAGUACGCGCACCAGGAGAACGCCAAGAGACUGGGGACGCCACAGGAGCUGGACUCGGCCAGCAGAGAGUGGACCCAGUACCAGAGUCUGUCUUUCCCAACUGGCCAGGCUGAAGGGCCGAGGAGAGGCCACGGGUCGGCGCAGCCCCUGAGACGAAGCCAGAGCGCCCGGGUGCCCCUGCAGGGCCACGCCCGACAGAGCAGAUGGCCCAGCGUGGCCUUCAGCAGCCCCCUGGAGAGAGAGGUGAGCCCCGACGGGAGCCUGCAGGCCCGGGUGCAGGAGGCCAGCCUGUGGCUUCACAUGCUGGCCAGCACCCAGGGAUCUGCCAGGCCUGCGCCCUCGCCCGCCUCCUCCGUGGCCGACUUCUUCCUCGCCCUGACCAUCUGCAACUCGGUCAUGGUGUCCACCACCUCGGAGCCUCCGCACAGGGUCACCUCCCCGCCUGCCUCGGCCCUGGGCACAUCCCUGGAGAAGAUCCAGCAGCUCUUCCAGAAGCUGAAGCUCUCCAGCCUCAGCCAGUCUUUCUCGUCCACGUCGGACAUGGACCCCGGGGAGACCCUGGGGCCUUCCCCUGCAGCCCCCAGCUCAGAGGACGGAGAGGACGGGUCCGAGGACAGCAUGGGCUGCAGCCCCGAUGGGCCCUGGGAGCCGAGUGACAGUGGGGACUUGGCGGCCCCCGAGCUCUGCUAUGAGGCCGAGAGCCCCGAUGAGGCGGCACUGGUACACGCGGCACGCGCCUACGGCUUCACACUACUGUCCCGAACGCCCCAGCGCGUGGCCGUGCGCCUGCCCCAUGGCACCCGCCUGGCCUUCCCUGUGCUCGGCAUCCUGCCCUUUGACGCCACGAGGAAGCGCAUGUCAGUGGUCGUGAGGCACCCGCUGACCCGGGAGAUCGUGGUGUACACCAAGGGCGCCGACUCGGUCAUCAUGGACCUGCUGGAGGACCCGGCCUGUGAGUCGGACCCUGAGGUGGAAAAGAAGAUGCGGAAGAUGCGGGCCCGGACACAGAAGCAUCUGGACCUGUACGCCAGGCAUGGCCUACGGACCCUGUGCAUCGCCAAGAAGGUGCUGAGUGAAGAGGACUUCCGGCGCUGGUCCAGUUUCCGGCGAGAGGCCGAGGCAUCCCUGGACAACCGGGACGAGCUGCUGCUGGACACGGCCCAGCACCUGGAGACGCGGCUCACCUUAGUCGGGGCCACGGGGAUCGAGGACCGCCUGCAGGAGGGCGUCCCCGACACCAUCUCGGCUCUGCGGGAGGCGGGCAUCCGGCUCUGGGUGCUGACAGGAGACAAGCAGGAGACGGCCGUCAACGUGGCCCAUGCCUGCCGGCUGCUGGACCCAGGGGACACGGUCUACUCCAUCAGCACCGAGAGCCAGGUGACCUGCGCGUCCCUCCUGGACUGUGCCCUGGAAGACAUGAGGCAGCGCCAGGGAGGGCGGAAGCUGACGGCGCGGCCCGAGGUGGGGCUGGUGGUGGACGGGCGCACGCUGCAGGCUGUGGUCCAGGGGCAGCUGGAAGAGAAGUUCCUGGAGCUGGCCGGGAGCUGCCGUGCUGUGCUCUGCUGCCGGGCCACGCCGCUGCAGAAGACCACCGUGGUGCGCCUGGUCCGGGAGCGACUGCGCGCCAUGACCCUGUCGGUAGGCGACGGAGCCAAUGACGUGAGCAUGAUCCAGGCGGCGGAUGUGGGCGUGGGGCUCUCGGGUCAGGAGGGCAUGCAGGCCGUCAUGUCCAGCGACUUCGCCAUCUCCCGCUUCUGCCACCUGAAGAAGCUGCUGCUGGUCCACGGGCACUGGUGCUACUCGCGCCUGGCCCGCAUGGUGCUGUUCUACCUGUACAAGAACGUGAGCUACGUCAACCUGCUCUUCUGGUACCAGUUCUUCUGUGGCUUCUCGGGGGCCACCAUGAUCGACUACUGGCAGAUGAUCUUCUUCAACCUCUUCUUCACCUCCCUGCCGCCCCUCCUCUUCGGCGUCCUCGACAAGGACGUGUCGGCGGCCACGCUGCUGGCCGUGCCCGCUCUGUACAAGAGUGGCCAGGACUCAGAGUGCUACAAUCUGCGGACCUUCGGGCUGUCCAUGGCGGACGCCUUCUACCAGAGCCUCGUCUGCUUCUUCAUCCCGUACCUGACCUACCGGGACUCGGACAUAGACGUCUUCACCUUCGGGAUGCCCAUCAACACCAUCUCCCUCACCACCAUCCUCCUGCACCAGGCCAUGGAAAUGAGGACCUGGACCCUUCUCCACGGGCUGGUCCUGGCGGGCAGCUUCCUGAUGUACUUCGUCGUGACCCUCGUGUACCAUGCCACCUGCGUCACCUGCAACAGCCCCACCAACCCCUACAGGGUGAUGGAAGGCCAGCUGGCGGACCCCACCUUCUACCUCGUCUGCCUCCUCACACCUGUGGCCGCUCUCCUCCCCAGGUACUUCAUCCUGUCUCUGCAAGGAACGUACGGGAGUUCGCUCAUCUCUCAGGCCCAGAGACUCGAGCGGCUGCCAGCGGGCAGGAGGAGGCAGCAGGCCCAGCAUGGGAGGAGUGGACAGUGGUCGAGUCAGACGCAGCCUCGCCAACAGCCAGCGCCCCCGGGCCCGGCACAGGACUCCAGAGCCAGCGCCCCUGAUGGGCCCCCACCCGGGGACACUCCCAUCCGGGACCGGGGAACGGAUUCGCUGGGCUCUGUAGACCCCUUGGCCAGACUCUCCCCCAGGGAGCACCUUCUGGGUGUCAGCAGGGCGACAGGCUCCCAGGCAGAUGGGGAGCAGCGGCCCUCGGCCAGGGGUGGCCAUCGCCGGUCCCGGACUCAAUGA